CAUACAGCGAGGGCGGGAGGGACAGGUGCUUAUUCUCAGUCUUGAUGCUGUGACUGGCGAUUGGUGCAGGAUGAGGUAGGAGGCAGCUGAGGUCAGGUGCUCACGGACGGAAACUGAUCCCAAAAUCACAAGACGGCAGGCUGCAGAGACACCUGGAGACGUUAUACUGGGAAACAUUCAGGAGAGACACGAAGCAGAGGAGUUGAGAUUUUCUUCUUAAAGUCUCUUUGACGGGUUCAUACAGAGCACGCUCAGUGGAAUACCUGUCAGGAGCAACAGCACAGUGGACAAUCAUGAUGUCGCCAGACAACCGAGCCCUCGAGGACCUGUUGUACAACAGUGACCUUGGUGACGAGGCGGAGGGGGCGGAGCUGGGUGGAGGUCCGGCGGGGCUGGAGGAAAGUGCUGCUGCAGAAAAUACUCCGACAGCCGUGUCCAUCCAGGAGCCAAUGAUGUGCGCCGGCUGUAGCGAGCAGGUGUGUGACCGCUUCUUCCUAUUGGCUGCGGGCAGGGUGUGGCACAGCGUCUGCCUCCGCUGCAGCCAAUGUCACUGCGAGCUGCAGACGCACCCCUCGCUUUACUGGAGAGACGGGAACAUCUACUGCCAACAGGACUACUGCAGGAUGUUUGCAGGAGGUCAGUGCGCUCGCUGCUUCCAACCAAUCCCUGCUUCCACUUUGGUCAUGAGGUCUGGCGAGCUGACCUUCCAUCCUCACUGCUUCUCCUGCCAGGAGUGUGAUGUGAAAUUAAUACCAGGGAACCUGUACUGCAUGCAGGGCCAGAACCUCUACUGUCAGUCCCAUUACCAUGGCGACGGGAGUGUGCCGCUAUCACACAAUCUCCAGGCCAAAGCAAAUGUACAAGAAGGUGAAAGCUGAGUGUGUUUUAUUCCAUUAUAUUUUACCGGUAACGGAAGUAUCCAAACUGAGACACAGUUCAAAAUCGUGGAAUAUGAAUGUCAGUAUCGUCGUUUUGUUUGCACCUAAGUUCAUUAAUACAGAGAGAAGUGCAUGCAUGGCACAAACAUAACGUACGAACUGUCGUCAGCUCAGUCAGCCAUACAGCUGAGUGAACCGACUCAGCCCGGGAUGCCAGGAGCCAGACCCAGCAAGAAAACCACCG